AUGGCCAAGCUCUUGGAACUUGGCUGUUUGCUGAGCCUGUGUCUCGUCGGGAUCCUGGGGCUGGCGGACGCAGUCCCUGUUACUUCAUGCAAGCAGAUGCCGUACCCAGAGGCUUGCUACUCCAUUGCACAAGCCAGUCCCCACUUCGGCGACGAGAAGGCAUUAUUAGGGUUCAACCUGUUUAAUCUCCGGGGCGCAAUGGCGCGAGUCCAGCUGACAGUGAAGCUGGCGUCUGCUGUGAAACAGUUCUUGUUCGACGGGCCUACCAGGGCGGCCUGGGCUGACUGCAUGGAGCUCGCUGAGGAUACCAUCCACAACCUCAACAGGUCCUUAAGGUCCUCCUCAGCGCCGCUGUCCGGUGAUGACGUGCUCACGUGGCUGAGCGCCACCAUUGCCGACCAUCAGACCUGCCUGAACGGGUUCACCGAGCUCAACCUGUCGCCCGUGGCGAAGGCGGCGAUGCCAUUCAUCUCGACGAACGUCUCUCAGUUUCUCAGCAACUCGCUCGCCGUGACGAGGGCCAACGCCGCGACUAUGCUCGGCGGCGGUGGCGGCGGCCGGCGGCUGCUCUCGAGGGGGUUCCCGUCGUGGGUCUCCGCCGGCGACCGGAAGCUGCUCCAGAGCUCGUCGGUGAAAGCCGACCUCGUGGUGGCGAAGGACGGGUCAGGGAACUACAAGACUAUCUCGGAGGCGGUCGCCGCUGCCGCGAAGCUGAGGAGCAGCACCAAGAGGUUCGUCAUCCGCGUGAAGGCCGGGGUCUACAAGGAGAACGUCGACAUUCCCAAGUCGAUGAAGAAUCUGAUGAUCGUCGGCGACGGCAUCGACUCCACUGUCGUCACCGGCAGCCGCAACGUUCAAGACGGCUCCACCACAUUCCGCUCCGCCACAUUCGGUAAUCUUUCUACUCCACCUUACUUUCGAAUUACCCACAUACUUGUUCAUUUCUAUAAAAAGAAAGUAUUUCUGAUCUUCCCCGGCACUGCACCUCAGCCGUCGUCGGAGACGGGUUCAUCGCGAAGGACAUCACCUUCGAGAACACGGCGGGGGCGGCGAAGCACCAGGCGGUAGCGCUCCGCUCCGGCGCGGACCUCUCCGUCUUCUACCGCUGCAGCUUCAAGGGCUACCAGGACACGCUCUACGUGCACUCCCAGCGCCAGUUCUACCGCGACUGCGACAUCUACGGCACCGUCGACUUCAUUUUCGGCGACGCCGUGGCCGUCCUCCAGAACUGCAACAUCUACGUGCGGAAGCCGAUGAGCAACCAGAAGAAUACCAUCACGGCGCAGGGCCGAUCGGACCCCAACGAGAACACCGGCAUCUCCGUCCACAAUUCGAAGGUGACGGCGGCGUCUGACCUGAAGCCGGUGCAGAGUUCCUUCAAGACCUUCCUAGGCCGGCCAUGGAGGGAGUACUCGCGCACCGUGUUCAUGCAGUGCACCCUGGACGGGCUCAUCGCUCCGGCGGGGUGGCUCGAGUGGAGCGGGAGCUUCGCCCUGAAGACGCUCUACUACGGAGAGUACAAAAACACCGGCGCCGGCGCCGGCACAGGCGGCCGCGUGAAGUGGGGCGGGUACCGCGUGAUCACCAGCGCGGCGGAGGCCGGGAAGUUCACCGUGGGGAGCUUCCUGGGGGGUAACUCGUGGAUUCCGGCCACCGGGGUCCCUUUCACGCCGGGGCUCUGA